AUGGGGGUAGAACUGGCAGGAUCAGGGAAGGGGGAGCUCCCGAUGAACCCGGCAUUGGCGACGCCUCUUUACGUUUUGGCUGGUGUGGUGGGUGUCUUUUUUGUUUGUCGCAUAGGGGUUCUCAUACGACAUCGUCGACGUCUGCGCGGGAUACUUCAAAACCAGGAUCAGUCAAAGUAUACGAAGAUCAGCGGGCUUCAUGCCAAAUUCAAGAGACAUGUUCUAUACGCGCCAUUAUUCUCGACUCGCCAUAACCGCGAACUCCAACUCAUGGGCCGGUUGCACAUGGGUACGAUACCGUUACGACUAGAGGUUGGCGUGAUACUGGGAUAUAUCACGUUGAAUAUUGUAUUCUUCUUCUGCCUGAUCGACUGGCCGGCCGAAUUUCAAGAGAAGACGUUCCAAUUCAAGUACGCCGCUGGACAUUUGGCCGUGAUGAACUCGCCCGCUUUGGUAUUAACGGCAGGUCGGAAUAACCCCUUGAUUCCGUUGUUGGGUAUCUCGUUCGACGCGUUUAAUCUUCUUCAUCGAUGGAUUGGGCGGAUUAUGGCUGUGGAAGCGGUUGUUCAUAUGACUUGUGUGGUUGCCGGGAAAGCUCGUUUGAUGAGCAUGGAUGAAAUGAAACAUAUGAUGUGGAAUGAACCUUUCUAUAUAUACGGGUUGGUGGCAUUGAUCGGAUUCGUGUUAAUAUUCUUCCAAGCCAUGUCGGCGCUGCGUCAUGCAUGGUACGAAACGUUUCUUCAUCUGCAUAUACUCUUGGCUGUCAUGUCUUUCGUGGCAUUGUGGUACCAUCUUAAGAAUCUUCUUCAGCAACGGGUUCUUCUCGGAACUGUAAUUCUUUGGGGUCUCGAGCGAGCUGCACGCGCAGCAUGUCUCCUGUGGCGAAACUGCGGAAAGCAAUUCACGACAGCCACUGUCGAAGUCCUCCCUGCGGACGUGGCCCGAGUCGAUGUCGCAAUGGCCCGAACGUGGAAAUUCAAAGCAGGUCAAUACCUUUACCUCUACAUCCCGACACUAGGACUAUGGACAUCACAUCCGUUCUCCGUCGCAUGGACAUCAACGGACCGCGCCGAUGUAAACGAGAAACGCAGCUCAGGGGAUUCACUCAAUACGCUCAUUGGCGGUCCGCAGCGGCAUAAGAUGUCGUUCUUGAUUAAGGGGAGAGAUGGGUUUACGAAGAAACUACUUAAGAAAGCGAGAAAGACUACUGGUGGGUCAUUGAAGGUUACUGCUCUUGCGGAGGGGCCGUUUGGUGGACUUCAUUCUCUGUCGUCUUAUGGAACUGUUCUUCUCAUUGCAGGAGGAAUCGGUAUCACGCAUCCGAUAUCGUAUCUGCACGAGUUCGUCAAUACCUUCUUCACUCCUCGAUCCAUAGCAGUACGGCAGGUCAGCUUGAUCUGGGUUGUCCGGAGCAUCGACCACUUAACCUGGAUCCAAUCCUGGAUGCCCACCCUAAUGUCCCACCCCGCCCUCCGCUCCCCCACUUCCACCAUAACCCUCUCAAUCCACAUCUACAUAACAGCCCCCCAAUCCACAACCGACGAAUACGUGACCCUCCCCAACCCCUGGGCCCACCACGCGCCUCUCAACGUCCCCGUCACGAUAAAAUGGGGGAAGCCCGAUUUUGUGUAUAUUUUGGAGAAUGCAAAGGUGUAUCAGGUCGGCGCUAUGGCUGUUAGUGUUUGUGGGCCGGGGGCUAUGGGGGAUGAUGUUAGGAGGGCUGUUCGGGAGAGGCAGGGGGGGACGGUUGUUGAUUUAUAUGAGGAGUCGUUUUCUUGAUAGUUUUCUGUUUUGGUUUUCUGGGUUUGGUUUUGUUUUGUGAGUUUUUGUUUGUUUAAUACCACCUGGUCGUGUUCUUGUUUUGUUGUUCAAUUUCUCUGGAUAUCUUAUUGAUAUUAUGUUAAGUGCCGCAGAUCGUUAGCAAUAAUACCCUCUUGACUUGAG